AUGUGUGAACAAGUGAUAAUGAAUGAGGUGGAGAAUGAAAAAAAGCAAUCCAAGCAAGCAAAAAAACUCAUUGGGAGAUAUUCUAUUGACAGGUUAGCAUGUUUUGUCAUUUAAAGUUCACAAGUUUACUUGCGUUGACUGCAGCAUUUUAACCAAUCCCAUUGGAGAUCAGGCAGAAACAUGUUAUUACAUUAGACCAAGUCAUAAAAGCUUCACUUAUACUUCAAUGGAAAAGGGAAAAGAAAACAUUUUUUGUUUAUUUGUGUGCUAUGGUAAUCACCAAAACAAGAGACAUUUUAUCUUUUUCAAAUGAUAUUAAUAGUAAAAAGCUUUCAAGCUUUUGAUGUUAUAAAAUGUACAUGUAGCCCCUUUUAAGUACUAACUGAUUUACAAACACCUUAUGGUUUUUAGGGAAUUCCUGGACUUCCCAAGUUAUCCGCAGUCAUUUGAUAUUGCAGUAAGUCCAGAUAUUCUCAGUCUAAGGAAUUCUAAAUCACAAGGAAAGGGUGAUCGUGGUAGGAGAGAGAGGUACAAUGUUAAACAGUAUUGUGUUAAUGGCAAGAGUGUUGUUUAUCAGGAACUUGCUUCAUUAACACAUAGUUAAGCAAGCUAGCAAAAUUUAAUGAGUUUGCUAAUGUCCCAAGAAAGCUCAACCAAAUUUGGACAUUGUCGUGUUGGCUUUUGAAUCUGCUCAGCAGUAAUUAACAUAUCCUUUUGAAGAUGAGUAACUACAUGUAAACACCAUUUACACGUGCUAAAAAAAUCGGCAUGGCACGCCAAAUUUUUGGCACAGUGCUGACGAUUUUAAGGCAUAGCACUCCUAAUUUUCGACGAGUAAACGUAUCGGUCCCAAAUGUAAUGUGGCACCAGUGCUCAAAAUUUUAGGGGUGCCGAGAUUACCUCCUGGAGGUAGUCUCAACACAGGUAAACGAAGCACGGUGCCAAAAAUUUGGCAUGCUGUGCCUAUUUUUUUAGCGCGUGUAAAUGGGGUUGUAAACUGAUUCAAACUUUCCUAAAUAAUUUCUGAGCUCUCUGUAAAAGAUCAGGUGAUGAGGUGUAUCAAGCCUUUUGCUUUCAGGGUGAAUGUCCCGGGUAGAGGAUGGGGGAGGGAGGGGUGUACUCCCUGUAAUGGCCUGUACAGGGAGGCCCUGCUUGAAGGGGUACCUUUUUUAGGUUUCAGGUAUAGUGCAUGAAAGGGCAGGGUUUUCACAAGUUGAAUUUUAUGAAAGGGGUAUGGAAAUCUGUCAUUUUAAUCUGUAAUUAGACCCAAAAAGGAUAACAGAUCUAUGCAUUUUACUGCUGGGACAAAGUUGACAAAACAUUCCAGUUUUGUGAUUCACCUGUAUUCAUAUUUUAAGAAAGUGGAUUUACAGCAGUCAAAUGUAAAGUUUUAAACUAGGUAUGUGGAAGGGGUAUCACUUGUCAAUAGAAGGUAUAAGAAUGGGCUACCUUUUCUUUCAAAAGGGCAUUUAAAAGGAUAAGGGGUCAGACCUCAGGUUGGGUGGGGGGGGGAGGUUAAUGAUGGACUCUUGUAAGGUGGCUCUAACUUUUCAGUCUUGCCGUGUGACCAUUCACUUCGUUGUCACUAAGAUUUCAAAUUGGCAGUUAGAAUAAACGAGACAGUACAUUUGUAGGAGGGGAAAUCAAGCAGCUAGAUUCUAAUUUUCUUCUAUUUUCCUAUGGAAGUAGCUAGAAGAAAUCCCUGACCCCUGAUCCUCACAGCCUGGUGUUCAAAUCAAACCUCUUUGUCAUUAAUUUCAAAUGGUACAUGCAGCACUAUUUUUUUUUCAUUACUUUCCUAUAAAUGUAAAUUGUAAAUGAAAUUUGAAUUUUUUCUCUCAGUUUGACAUUAUAGUCGCAUUGAGAAGUGAAAGGGUUGGAGUAAAGGAAAUAGGUUUUAAGAUUUGAUGCAAAGUUGGACUAAAUCUUUGUGGUGGCCAACCAAAAUUAUUGUGACUUACCGGCUCUUUGGACUUGUAUGAUUGUCCUUGUUAUCUACACCCAUUAAUGAGUAACUUGUGCCUUUUUUAUCUUUAGGAAUACAGAAGUAAAAUGCAAGACUGUGUCAUGGAAGGAGGGUGAAAAAAGUACUUUGAGUGGUAUGUGUUGAGUUUUUAGAUCCCUAAGAGAAUGUGUCGCAAUAUUGAGGCAAAAGUAACAGCUUUCAUUUGACUGGUCCUGAGAUCAUUUCAUUCACCUGAGUAGUCCCAGACGUCACUAUGUGCAGGCAAAAAAGACUGUCUUAUGUAAUCUUGUUUCUUUUUUUGUUUUUUCAGCUGAAGAUUUGUCUGAUGUGUUUGGUAAGAGGGAAGUAAAACAAGAGAAAAGUAAGACAGUUGCAGUUUCUCAGCUUAGUAGACAGCUGGAGGAAUCUAUUGGCAAACCAAACAACCCAUUCUUAGAAUACUCAAAGUUUGAUGGAGAGGUAAGUUGAGAGAAAAGUUUCUGGUUUCUGGUUUCUGGUUUCUCUGCGUGACGUGUUUGAUGCCAAAAUAGUCUGAAAUUGUUAUUUUACAAAUCAUCCUACCCGAGUUUAUACUGUAGCGCUGAGAACGUUGACAUGCUGUCAACUGAAAUAAGGAAAGAUCUAUUACAAAACACAGCUGAUAAUUAAUUGUCCACAUUAGGUAAGCAAGGUUGACUUUCUGUGAGAAUCCAUUUUUUGGGUAAAAAACAAGUGUCCAUUGUCCGCAUUAAUGGGUUUCCGUAUCAAGUGGGUUAAAUCUAGUGAAACUGUAAGUGCUUUUCCCUAGUCAUCCUUAGAACAGGAUUAGGCUGUAAUUAUCAACUCUACUGAAGUCGAGACUUGGGGUUGAAAAGUGUGUACAAUGUAUGCUAGUGUACUGAGCUGUGAGGUAACACUUGAGGUACAGUGCAAGCAUUAUAUUUUUGUAAUUUUAUCCUUUUAUGGCUUUUAGGUAUAUAACAGAUACUUUAUUUUGAAGUUAUUUGAUAAAACUCCUAUUGGAUAAGUUUAGUUUCAAUGCACACACUCACAACCCUAGUCUCCUUCACAGAACAUGCUGUGAAGGAGACCAUCACAACCCAUGAUAAACUGCCAUGUUUUCGUUCUGAACUGCCUUUAAUUUCAAGUAAUGGGAGAAUCCGAGUUACCUUUAGCUUUUGUUAUAGUACAUAAAAUAUGUUGUAAAGCCCCUCACAAGUAGAUGUAUUUGUUAACGACCAUUGUUCCCCCCACUACAUUUACCAGUGAGUAAGAUAUUUUGCUAUGCUUUGCCUUUGUUUUAAGGUCAAACAGUUUUGUCCUUGUCUUAUCUUAUCGCAGGCAUAUCAAAACUCCUACAUGUAUACCACCAAGAAAUACAAAAUUUUUUUGACCAUGCAGUCGGAGGUAAGAAUACUGUAUCAUAGGGAAUGUGAUCAACCACAGAUAGGAAGCAGUUGAAUUAAGAUCAGUAUAAAUGCCAAGAGACUCAAAAAUAAAUGAGCAUAAGGCAAGCCUCUGCUUGCAUUUUAUAUUAAUUAGUAUUUUUGUGCCAAUUCUUUACCCUCCUUACAGGGCUUCUGAUAGGUCGCAGACAAAAAAGUCAAAUUUCGCGGGAUUUUUAGAGACAAAAUCGCAGAAAAAUCGGACGAUUUCGCGGGAAUUUCGUGGGAAUUUUCGGGGCAAACUUGGCCGGAAAGCAAUUGGUACAAAAAUGGCAGAUUUUGUGGUUAUUUUCAGGGAAAAUUUCGCUAGAAAUCGAUCGGUUAAUUGCGCUGAUUAGACCAGCGUUUUUAAUGUUUUUCUAACAGAGGUCAUCAUUUGCUCUUUCAACAACAAUACGCUCCAGAAAUGAACCAAUGGCAAAGCCUUUAACAUCAUGGCUAGUGCCCAGUUUUUCACAUCAUAAUCUACACCUGGUAGUUUUGGAACGUUGUUUGCACAUUUCCGUGAUGAAGUUUUGAGAUAAAUUUGCGAGUUUACGGCAAGUAAAUACCCCAAGUAACUGAGACAAGUUUCAAAAUUGCUGUACAGACAUGUAUUUGAUAAGAUUUCUACCCGUCCAAAUUUCGCGGUAUUUUGGGUGUUUUUGUGAAUUUCGCAGAUUUGCCUGGAUUUCGCAGCUCUGCGACCAUGCGAAAUAUCAGAAGCCGUGUCCUUAGCAAAACAAAAUUGUCAUUUGGCAAAAUCAGCUCCAAAAGUAAUGUACAAUAGCAUUAUUUUCAAUCCCUACCCUACUCAAUUUUCUUGCAGUGCAUGGUACAUCGUGUAAUGCAUGUUCUACUACAUUUUUUAUUAAUUUUACAAACUAUAAUUAGUUUUUCAAUAGCUCAUUUUAAUGUGAUUCAAUUACUUCUUGAAUUAAUUUUCCUUUCUUUUAGGAGGAAAGAGCCAUGCCAAUGAUUGUUACAUGUUGUACAGUACUAGGUAAGAUGACCUUUAAUCACAUUUGACAGGGCUUCUGAUAUUUCGCGGAAAAAAAAGCAAGAUUUCGCGGGAUUUUCAGGGGCAAAUUUCGCUAAAAUCGAUCAAUUUUGCGUCGAUAUGACCUGCGUUGGUGAACAUUUCUUUUAACAGGAAUAAUCAUUUGCUCUUUCAACAACAGUUCGCUCGAGGAAUGAGCGAAUGCUAUAGCUAUUAACAUUAUGGUUAGUGCUCAGUUUUUCGCAACGUUCAUCUAAAAACGCCUGGUAGUUUUGGGACGUUGUUUACUCGUUGCAGUGACGAAGUUUCAAGCUAAAUUUGGACGUUUGGUGUGAAUAAAACCGGUCUAACAGCCAAGAUACGGAUUAAAUAUGUUUUGCCGACAUGUAUUUGGAAAUCAGUUUCUGGCGGAUUUCGCGGUAUUUCGCGUUUUUUUGAGAAUUUCGCGGGAUUUCGCGGAAAUACCUGAAUUUCGCGGGUCCGCGACCGCGCGAAAUAUCAAAAGCCCUGAUUUGAACAUACCAUUUUAAAUUGGGCCUACUAGAUUUUCCAUCACAACAUUUUUUGAAGACAAAAGAUUCUCAAGUUUUUUUGCAAAUAGACCAAUAAAAUUCAAGGUUCAUCUGUGCAACCGUUAAAAACUUUGAAACCAUUUGAACUUACCUGAGCCCUCAGAUUCAUGAAUGUUAUUGAAACUUGAGAAACGUGAGAAUCUUUUGUUUUCAAAAACCAUUGUGAUUGGAUAAUCUUCUUCCAAGUGCCCAUUCUCUGAGCAGACUACAGUUGACUCUUUUAUAAUGGACACCUAUACAGAACACACACCUCUGUAAAACAGACACCUAAAGUUGGUCUCUGCCUUUCUUUACUCCCUUUAUUUGACUCUUUAUAAGACGGACAUUUCUCUGAGACGGACACUUAGUACUGGUUUCAAAGGUGUCCCUCUUAAAGAGAGUUGACUGUAGUCAUUGAAUGGCUUUUGGGGAUCUGUUCUUCCAGCUAAUGCCAGUGUUCAGGAUCCAGUAAAUGCAUGUGUUCAGGAUCUCAUUGGACUAAUCAUGUACAAAUACACAAGUGAAGGGCGGCAACCUCCAUUGAAGGUAAAGCUUCUGUUCAAGCAGAAACUCUUGAGAUAUUAAAACUUGUUACUCUCAUAUGUUUGCUUUGUCCGAUGCUUGUGAACAUUCAUUUUCGCAUGUACCAUAUUUGAAACGAGAAGAAAAGAUAACUGACCAAUCAAACUUCUAGAGAAAACGAAAAAAAAAAUGGCCAAUAACGGACUGGCGUGUCCCAGACGUCUUUGCAAGAGAUAACUCGGCCCAGUUCCUUUGUGCAUUUGACACUGAUUUAACAAUCAGGGGCACCCAACGACUGUUUUCUGUAAAAUAUCUGUUCGAAGAAGCAAAUGUUGCCUAGAAUUUUCUGUAGUCUGAAGGUGCAUAAAAAUUUCUAGAUGACUCUUCCAUUCAUGUACGACUGGGUAUUACAGUCGUCGCAAGAACUAAAUCAAAGACAAUGGUCAUGCGGAUUUUUAUUUAUUUAUUUAUUCAUUUUGGGCCAACAAGGGUAACAAGGGUAACAUGGGGUAACAAGGGGUAACAAGGGGUAACAAGGGUAACAAGGGGUAACAAGGGGUAACAAGGGUAACAAGGGGUAACAUGGGGUAACAAGGGUAACAAGGGUAACAAAGGGUAACAAGGGUAACAAGGGGUAACAAGGGGUAACAAGGGGUAACAUGGGGUAAAGAGGGUAACAAGGGGUAACAUGGGGUAACAAGGGUAACAAGGGGUAACAAGGGGUAACAUGGGGUAACAAGGGGUAACAAGGGUAACAUGGGGUAGCAUGGGGUAACAUUGGGUAACAAGGGUAACAUGGGGUAACAAGGGGUAACAAGGGGUAACAAGGGAUAAACAAGGGGUAACAAGGGUAACAAGGGGUAACAAGGGAUAAACAAGGGGUAAAAAGGGUAACAAGGGGUAACAAGGGGUAACAAGGAGUAACAAGGGUAACAGGGUAACAUGGGGUAACAAGGGGUAACAUGGGGUAACAAGGACAACAAGGGUAACAAGGGGUAACAAGGGUAACAAGGGGUAACAAGGAGUAACAAGGGUAACAAGGGGUAACAAGGGGUAACAAGGGGUAACAAGGGUAACAAAGGGUAACAAGGUGUAACAAGGGGUAACAAGGGUAACAAGGGGUAAUAAGGGGUAACAAGGGUAACAUGGGGUAACAAGGGGUAACAUGGGGUAACAAGGGUAACAUGGGGUAACAAGGGUAACAAGGGGUAACAAGAGUAACAAGGGGUAACAAGGGGUAACAAGGGUAACAUGGGAUAACAAGGGUAACAAGGGGUGACAAGGAGUAUCAUGGUGUAAAAAGGGUAACAAGGGUAACAUGGGAUAACAAGGGUAACAAGGGGUGACAAGGACUAUCAUGGUGUAAAAAGGGUAACAAGGGUAACAUGGGGUAACAAGGGUAACAAGGGGUAACAAGGGUAACAUGGGGUAACAAAGGGUAACAAGGGGUGACAAGGGGUAACAAGGGUAACAUGGGGUAACAUGGGGUAACAAGGGUAACAAGGGUAACAAGGGGUAACAAGGGGUAACAAGGGUAACAAGGGGUAACAAGGGUAACAAGGGGAACAAGGGGUAUUACAGGGUAACAAGGGGUAACAAGGGUAACAUGGGGUAACAUGGGGUAACAAGGGUAACAAGGGGAACAUGGGGUAAAAAGGGGUAACAAGGGAUAAACAAGGGGUAACAAGGGUAACAAGGGGUAACAAGGGUAACAAGGGGUAACAAGGGGUAACAAGGGUAACAAGGGUAAUAAGGGGUAACAAGGGUAACCAGGGGUAACAAGGGUAACAAGGGGUAACAAGGGUAACAGGGUAACAUCGGGUAACAAGGGGUAACAUGGGGUAACAAGGACAACAAGGGUAACAUGGGGUAACAAGGGGUAACAAGGGUAAGAAGGGGUAACAAGGGUAACAAGGGGUAACAAGGGGAAACAAGGGUAGCAAGGGGUAACAAGGGAUAAACAAGGGGUAAAAAGGGUAACAAGGGAUAAGAAGGGGUAACAAGGGUAACAUGGGGUAUUAAAGGGUAACAAGGGGUAACGAGGGUCAACAAAGGGGUAACAAAGGGUAACAAGGGUAGGAAGGGUAACAGGGUAACAUGGGGUAACAAGGGGUAACAUGGGGUAACAAGGACAACAAGGGUAACAUGGGGUAACAAGGGGUAACAAGGGGUAAAUAAGGGUAACAAGGGUAACAAGGGGUAACUAGGUGUAACAAGGGUAACAAAGGGUAACAAGGGUAACAUGGGGUAACAAGGGGUAACAUGGGGUAACAAGGGUAACAAAGGGUAACAAGGGGUAACAAGAGUAACAAGGGGUAACAAGGGUAACAAGGCGUAACAAAGGGUAACGAUGGGGUAACAAGGGUAACAAGGGGUGACAAGGAGUAACAUGGUGUAACAAAGGGUAACAAAGGGUAACAUGGGGUAACAAGGGUAACAAGGGUAACAAGGGGUAACGAGGGGUAACAAGGGUAACAUGGGGUAACAAAGGGUAACAUGGGGUAACAAAGCGUAACAAGGGUAACAUGGGGUAACAAGGGGUAACAUGGGGUAACAAGGGGUAACAAGGGGUAACAAGGGGUAACAAGGGUAACCUAGGGUAACAAUGGGUAACAAGGGGUAACAAGGGGUAACAAGGGGUAACAAGGGUAACAAGGAGUAACAAGGGGUAACAAAGGUAACAAAGGUAACAAAGGUAACAUGGGGUAACAAGGGGUAACAUGGGGAAACAAGGGUAACAACGGUAACAUGGGGUAACAAGGGUAGCAAGGGGUAACAAGGGGUAACAUGGGGUAACAAGGGUAACAAAGGGUAACAUGGGGUAACUAGGGGUAAGGGUAAAAAGGGUAACAUUGGGUAACAAGGGGUAACAUGGGGUAACAAGGGGUAACAUGGGGUAACAAGGACAACAAAAGGUAACAUGGGGUAACAAGGGGAAACAAGGGUAACAAGGGGUAACAAGGGUAACAAGGGGUAACAAGUGGUAACAAGGGGUAACAAGGUAACAAGGGUAACAAGGGGUAACAUGGGGUAACAAGAAGUAACAUGGGGUAACAAGGACAACAAAGGUAAUAUGGGGUAACAAGGGGAAACAAGGGUAACAAGGGGUAACAAGGGUAACAAGGGGUAACAAGUGGUAACAAGGGGUAACAAGGGGUAACAAGGGUAACAAGGGGUAACUAGGGGUAAAAAGGGGUAACAAGGGUAACAAGGAGUAACAAGGGGUAACAAGGGUAACAUGGGGUAACAAGGGGUAACAUGGGGUAACAAGGGGUAACAUGGGGUAACAAGGACAACAAAGGUAACAUGGGGUAACAAGGGGAAACAAGGGUAACAAGGGGUAACAAGGGUAACAAGGGGUAACAAGGGUAACAUGGGGUAACAAUUGGUAACAAGGGGUAGCAAUGUGUAACAUGGGUUAACAAGGGUAACAGGGGUAACAUAGGGUAACAAGGGGUAACAAGGGGUAACAAGAGGUAACAUGGGGUACAAGGGUAACAAGGGGGAACAAGGGGUAACAGGGGGUAACAAGGGAAAGAAGGGGUAACAAGGGUAACAAGGGGUAACAAGGGGAAACAAGGGUAGCAAGGGGUAACAAGGGAUAAACAAGGGGUAAAAAGGGUAACAAGGGAUAAGAAGGGGUAACAAGGGUAACAUGGGGUAUUAAAGGGUAACAAGGGGUAACGAGGGUCAACAAAGGGGUAACAAGGGUAACAAGGGGUAGGAAGGGUAACAGGGUAACAUGGGGUAACAAGGGGUAACAUGGGGUAACAAGGACAACAAGGGUAACAUGGGGUAACAAGGGGUAACAAGGGGUAACAAGGGUAACAAGGGUAACAAGGGGUAACUAGGUGUAACAAGGGGUAACAAGGGUAACAAGGGUAACAUGGGGUAACAAGGGGUAACAUGGGGUAACAAGGGUAACAAGGGUAACAAGGGGUAACAAGAGUAACAAGGGGUAACAAGGGUAACAAGGCGUAACAAGGGUAACGUGGGGUAACAAGGGUAACAAGGGGUGACAAGGAGUAACAUGGUGUAACAAGGGUAACAAGGGUAACAUGGGGUAACAAGGGUAACAAGGGUAACAAGGGGUAACGAGGGGUAACAAGGGUAACAUGGGGUAACAAAGGGUAACAUGGGGUAACAAAGCGUAACAAGGGUAACAUGGGGUAACAAGGGGUAACAUGGGGUAACAAGGGGUAACAAGGGGUAACAAGGGGUAACAAGGGUAACCUAGGGUAACAAUGGUAAAACAAGGGUAACAAGGGGUAACAAGGGGUAACAAGGGUAACAAGGAGUAACAAGGGGUAACAAAGGUAACAAAGGUAACAAAGGUAACAUGGGGUAACAAGGGGUAACAUGGGGAAACAAGGGUAACAACGGUAACAUGGGGUAACAAGGGUAGCAAGGGGUAACAAGGGGUAACAUGGGGUAACAAGGGUAACAAGGGUAACAUGGGGUAACUAGGGUAGCAAGGGGUAACAAGGGUAACAUUGGGUAACAAGGGGUAACAUGGGGUAACAAGGGGUAACAUGGGGUAACAAGGACAACAAAGGUAACAUGGGGUAACAAGGGGAAACAAGGGUAACAAGGGGUAACAAGGGUAACAAGGGGUAACAAGUGGUAACAAGGGGUAACAAGGGGUAACAAGGGUAACAAGGGGUAACAUGGGGUAACAAGAAGUAACAUGGGGUAACAAGGACAACAAAGGUAAAAUGGGGUAACAAGGGGAAACAAGGGUAACAAGGGGUAACAAGGGUAACAAGGGGUAACAAGUGGUAACAAGGGGUAACAAGGGGUAACAAGGGUAACAAGGGGUAACUAGGUGUAAAAAGGGGUAACAAGGGUAACAAGGAGUAACAAGGGGUAACAAGGGUAACAUGGGGUAACAAGGGGUAACAUGGGGUAACAAGGGGUAACAUGGGGUAACAAGGACAACAAAGGUAACAUGGGGUAACAAGGGGAAACAAAGGGUAACAAAGGUAACAAGGGUAACAAGGGGUAACAAAAGGGUAACAUGGGGUAACAAUUGGUAACAAGGGGUAGCAAUGUGUAACAUGGGUUAACAAGGGUAACAGGGGUAACAUAGGGUAACAAGGGGUAACAAGGGGUAACAAGAGGUAACAUGGGGUACAAGGGUAACAAGGGGGAACAAGGGGUAACAGGGGGUAACAAGGGAAAGAAGGGUAACAAGUGGGUAACAAGGGGUAACAUUGGGUAACAAUGGUAACAUAGGGGAACAAAGGGUAACAAGGGGAAACAAGGGGAAACAAGGGGUAACAUGGGGUAACAAGGGUAACAAGGGGUAACACGGGGUAUCAAGGGUAAAAAGGGGUAACAAGGGUAACAAGGCAUAAUAAGGGGCAACAAGGGGUAACAAGGGUAACAUGGGGUAACACGGGUUACAAGGGGUAACAUAGGGGAAGAAGGGUAACCAGGGGCAACAUGGGGUAACAGGGGUAACAAGGGGUAACAUGGGGUAACAAGGGUUACAAGGGGUGAGAAGGGGUAAGAUGGGGUAACAAGGGGUAACAUGGGGUAACAAAGGUAAUAAGGAGUAACAUGGGUGAACGAGGGGUAACAUGGGUUAACAAGGGGUAACAAGGGGUAUCAAGGGGUAACAAGGAUAACAAGGGGUAUCAAGGGGUAACGAGGGUGACAAGGGGUAACAAGGGGUAACAUGGGGUAACAAGGAUAACAAGGGGUAUCAAGGGGUAACGAGGGUGACAAGGGGUAAGAAGGGGGAUCAAGGGGUAACAUGGGGUAACAAGGGGGAACAAGGGGUAACAUGGGGUAACAAUGGGUAACAAGGGGGGACAUGGGGUAACAAGGGUAACAAGGGGUAACAAGCGGAAGAAUUAGUAACAAUUUGAAGAAGGGGUAACAAGGGUAACAUGGGUUAACAAGGGUUACAAGGGGUAACAACGGGUAACAUGGGUUAUGAAGGGUAACACGGGUAGCAUGCCCUAAUAAGGGUAACAAGGGGUGACAAGGGGUAACGUGGGGUAACAAGGGUAACAAGGGGGAACAAGUUGUAACAUGGGGUAACAAGGGGUAACAAGGGGUAACAUGGGGUAACAAGGGUAACAAGGGGUAACAAAGGGUAACAUGGGGUUACAAGGUUAACAAGGAAAACAAAGGGGAACAAGGGGAACAAGGGGGAAUAGGGGUAACAAAGGGUAACAAGGGUAACAUGGGGUAACAAGGGUUACAAGGGGUAACAAGGGGUAACAUGGAAGAAGGGGUAACGUGGGGUAAGAAGGGUAAGAAGGGGUAACAAGGGGUAACUUGGGGUAAGAAGGGUAACAAGGAGUAACAAGGGAAACAAGGGGUAACAAGGGAUGUAAGGGCUAACAAGGGGUAACAAGUUUGGGAGGGUAAACAAGGUACAUUAUAGUGUUAUGGUUUAGUCUCCCUCGCAGCCGUUGCUAGGGUCGUCACCUAACGCUCCUUCCGAGCGUUGCGUGACGACCCUAAUAUCGGCUGUGAAGGAGACAAGGUACUUGUUAGGUUUGGGUUGUUUGUAGGUGUUAAGUCGUGGGAAGUGAGUUCAUCCCAAGUUUGUUAGGUGUUAAGCUGACUUCGUUGUUUUUCAUUAGCAUGAUAUAAAGUCCUGCUCCUUGCAUAUUGCUGAGGAAGACGGUGAAGUUGACACUGAUUUUCCAGGUAAGGGAUGAACAGAAAUUGUCAGCAAUUGCUUGAAACAUUUCAUUUAGAGCUUAGUAGAGAUAAAAUCUAUGGCAGUGAAAGAGAUCGCCUAAUAAACCUGCACGCCCGCCUGUCCUGCUCGACAAUCACGAGGGACUGCGAGGAAAUCGCAAAUUAGACUGUUUGCACAUGAUGUCACGUUCAUCAUAUUAGGCUGAUUUAGCAACAGAACGGGAACGUCAUUUGACGACGGGAAAGCGCGCGGAAAGGACCUAAACUCGACUUCCGGUGCCAGAUUUGCUGCUUAGCCAUUGGUCAAGCCAAUUGUUUGAUUUGCGCGCGCCGUCAUCAGCUGACGUUCCCGUUCUGUUGCUAAAUCAGCCUAUAGGUGUCCUAAAUUAAUCCUGUGGGAGCUGAACCUUUUUCUUAUGUAAGAAAGUUCGGAUCAUUAUACGUUUCUGGGAAACUGCCCACCUACCCCUCCCCUAAGCCAACUUUUUGUCCUAAAUGGAAAGUAAGUGUUAAAGUUGGCUUAGGGGAGGAGUAAGUAGGCAGUUUCCCCUGAAGCGUAUAAUUAUCCCCUUUGGAUCAAAAUACGUUUUUCUUAUGUAAAAACUCUCUUUUUUUUCAAUAAAUUUACAUAGCUGCUGACCAUGUGAGUGAAAACGCUUUGUAACUGAUGAAAUGACUUUUUCGGAGGCGGGGGGCGGGGGGCGGUGGGGGGAGCAGUGCAAAGGGAAAACAAGGAAACGCCAGUAAACAGGGGGGAAGGGUGAGAGGGGUUUGUCUCCUUCUCCUUCUUUCCCCACCACUCUCCCCAACAUCACACUUUGAAGACAAGUAGAUAACUACUGUCAUACCUUUCGAACCAGAAGAUUAGAACAGAUAGUAAUGUUUGACUGUUCUUUCUUUUAAGCUCUCGACAGCAAAGAACCGAUUUCGAAAUUUGAUUUCCCGUGCUUGGCGUUAGUUCAGGUAUUUUAUUUUCUGUUAACUUUGAUCUUUUUUACUACAGCCACAAGACAAACAUUUCUUUAGUUUAAAUCAGCUUUUUUCUUGAUGGUGUCAAUGAUGCUGCACAAUCCCGGUUCUGUCUCUGGAGCCAGUGGAUAAAUUCUUAGCAACUUCAUCCCGGAAACAUGGAUGCUUAAGGGAAGUGAAUUAAAGUGUAAAAUAUUUGGUUGGUUUUCAGAAAGACGCAAGUCCUGCCAAGCCAGCACCUCCAAAACCCUCAUCUGGGGUCAUCAUAACAGUGUAAGUAUGAAAGCAGUCACAUACCAUGCCUGGUUAGUGAAGGGUUUUUAGCAACGACGACAGCGACAAUAGCAAGCGAGACAGCAAUUUUUUGACACGUAGCACCCCAGUGGUACAUUUCGUUGCCGUCAUUGUACGACCGCGACGUGAAAUUUCCUGAUGCGACGUUUUAUGGAGGACGUUAACACACGACGAGGAAUUUUUCUUUUUCUUUAUAUUAAACUUGAUUACGAUCCCCAAAGAUUCAUCUCCAGGAAAAUUCGUUUGCAUUUGACAAAAUGAGCAAGUACUGUAAAGCUUGAAAGAUCGCAAAAUUUAAUGCAUUUUCAGUGACGUUUUCCUUGCCGUCGGGUCGUCUCUCUAUUAGGGAGCUCAAGCAACGACAACGAGGACGACCAGGACGUCAGAGAACAGUUAUUUUUAUGAUCAAAACAACAGCUCUGCACGUGCAUCUCGCUUUUCAGUACAUUUCUUUGACCUCCAGUGCACAACUACGACGUAUUACCUCCAUAGGCGACGUUUUAUAGAGGACGUGAGCGAACGACAACGAACUUACGUCGACGAAUGUUCCUCUCUCUUUUUCAACCUUGAUGAAGUCCUUAAGAAUUCACUCCAGCAGACAUUGACAGGUUCCAAUAGACGCGACAAAGUUUGAAACGACCCAAAUUCAUUGUUUAGCGACGUUGUCACUGCCGUCGUCUCCCUGUAUUUGGGAGCUUAAGCAAAGACGACGGCGGCGGCAACGAGAACGUCAAAAAAGCAAUGGGUUUAGAUUGACAAAACAAUAACAUUGCACGCGAACACGCCUUUUUGUACAUUUCUUUGCCGUCACUGCACGACUACGACGUGUAAGUGCUUAAUUUCACGUUUUAUGUAUUUAGGUAUGAAGCACAGCAUGGCUUUUCCAAAGUAAAAGUGGAUAGUGUGAACGCCCAAAUGAAGCGAGUGUUUGAAAUAAUAAAAAAGAAGAGAGGCCUUAAACGAACAGGUUCGCAUUUUAUGAUGUUACACGUCACAGUUCUAAGGCUUAGCUCCCUUGCCUUUUCUUCUUCCUUCCUCACUUUCUCUUCACUUUCUCUGAUUUUCUCUUCUUCCCUCCAUCCUCCUUUCCUCUUUCCCUUUCUUUCUCUCUACCUUCCGUCCACUACUCCUGUUCUAUUCCUUUUUCUUACCUCUUUCCUCCCUUACCACCUCCUAUCUUACCCUCCCUUCCUCUUUCCAUUAAUCCCACCCUUCCUCUUUUCUUCUCUCCCACUCUCAAUCUUUCUUGCCUCAUCUUCCCUUCCUUCCUGUUCUACCGUCCUUCCACUACUCCAAUUUUCUUCCCAUUUCAUACCUAUUCCUCCCUUACCAACUCCUUUCUUACCCUCCCUCUCUCUCUUCCAUUAAUCCCACCCUUCCUCUUUUCUUCUCUCCCUUCCUCCAUCUUCCUCGCCUCAUCUCCCUUUCCUUCUUGUUCUACCUUCCUUCCACUACUCCAAUUUUCUUCCCUUUCCAUACCUAUCCUUCCCCUACCAACUCCUAUCUCACCCUCCCUCCCUCUCUUUCAUUUAUCCCAUCCUUCCUCUUUUCUUCUUUUCAUCUUCCUCGCCUCUUCUGCCCUUCCUUCCUGUCCUACCUUCCUUCCACUACUCCAAUUUUCUUCCCCUUUCAUACCCAUUCCUCCCUUACCAGCUCCUUUCUUACCCUCCCUCCCUCUCCUCCAUUUAUCCCAGCCUUUCUCCUUUCCUGUCCUCCUUGCUUCGUUCAUCUGUCCGAACUAACGUAGUGAAAAAUUCUGAAGGAUCGUUUGUAAACCUUACUUCUUAUUCUAGCCAAAGAAUAUGUGUUGGAAAAGCAGUCAGAGCCAGGCGUCCCCAUAAGUCUGGAUGCAACCUUGGAGAGUAUGGGAACAAAGGAGUUUUGUCUUGUCAGAUUUGGUCGUAAGUGCUCUCGUCUUUAGUUUUUCAAAAUUCAAAUAUUCAGUUAGAGAUUGUAAACUAACAUUCGAUCCCGUUAUCUUUUUUAAAGUGUACCUUAAUAUGUCCCCCUCUCAUUUUCCAAAGUGUGGCUAAGCCUUAAUCUGUUUAUCUUUUUUGAACGAUUUGUUUUGUUUCGUUUUUUUUUUUCAAAUGACACUGUGCCUUGAACAAGUUAGCCCGUCGGUUUCAUGGAAGUUUUAGCCCGCGCUUUUUCAUGAGCCUGAGAUAGGUGGGGUGGGGGCGGUCUCCAAAAAUUUAUUUCGGCCCUUGGUCUAAAAAGAAAAGGGGCUGGGCCCCUCCCCUGGAUCUGACCAGGGAGCACUAAAUUUUUGUGGCUUUUUUAAAGCAAAGAAUUCAGAUUUGAAAAACAAAAAACUGAAAAUGCUUUAUGUGUAAGUUUCAAUCCAUGUGAGUCAAUCCUUGCCAUCCUUUGCAACAGACGGGGGGAAAGAGUUUCAUUGCUUUAAUAAUUAUAGCCUUAAAUAACAAAUCCGGAUCACUAUUUUUAGAAUUUAGUUGAUGAGAAGAAACGUUUUAGCUUUUUGAAAAGUUGGCAAGUAGCCUGUCAUUAGGGAGUUUAAGCAGCGACGUUUUAGAGGGAUGCACGUCAACCGGAAGUGGGGUUUUUGUACUCUUAGGCCGUGUUUUUGAACAAAUUCUUAGACAAAUCGUCUCACUUUCGGUUGACGUGGCUGCUUAAACUCCCCCCGGGGGGGAGGUACUUUAGGAAUUUCUGGUAGGGGAUGUGUCGCUGGGACCCUGGAACCCUUAACCUAUACCAGUGCUAGUUCAGCUGAAUUUUGCUACUGCAGGCUGCUCUAACAACUUACACUACAGUAAACACCCGCAUAUAAGAACAAAUGGAUUAAGAACACCAGGCUGAAAUUCGGCCAAUAAAGCCCCAUUUUUAUAUGAACAAGAUCAGCCUGAAAAUUGUAACAUGUACUUAUAAAAUGGAAAAAGUGUCAUAAUUACAUAACAUGUAAGUUUAUUCUUGCUGUCAGAUAACUUCAUUUGCUAAUAUAAUCAAAUUAAAGAAUAAUUAUUUAUUUUAUUUUCCUAAAAUAUGAUAAAUAUUCCACUAGCAGCAUGUUUUGGAUAGUAUUACUAAAUAAAAAUUUAAGAACAUUUUAAGAUCAUUUUGAGGCUGAUUUGUCAUUAAGCACCCGAUAAAUAAGAACUCAAUCAGCCUGACCUCCGAAAUUGUGUGUUCUAACAGUAUAUUUUGUACGCAACAGGGAAACCCAAUGACCCAAUGAUCAACCAUGAUGACAAAAUUGACUUCAUCGUACCUAUACAAUACAGGGUGAGAGUUAAUUGUUUACGUAGCAAUAAGAAUGCUCACAGUAGAGGCCUUAAGAUUCUAAGACGUGGACAACUAAGAGAACACGAUUUUCUCACUAGGAAGAUUUAGAGCCACGUUUACCACAAUCAGCAAGUUGAGAAUUUCUCACAUUAAGAGAUGAGCAGAUAAAAACUGUACCAAACAAUUCCUUUGGAUAAACCUGGUAUGAAACUACUAAUUUUUUUGUAGAAGUAAUGAACAGUAAAGGACAAUUAAACGGAAAACUUUGUCACGUGGUACAUUUCCGUGUCCGCCGUUUGCCGUAAACGUGACUCUUCAAUACUAAAUAGUGCUCGCACGUGAGCCAGCGUCAUUUUGGCGGGAAAAAGUGAUAGCGGUCUUCAUUCUACUAACAGUAGUCAUGGUGUCGGGAACAAGUUGUCAAAUGCUAGAAAUUUUAUCAUUUUGCUACUGGAAGAGGGCUGAACCUCCUCCACUAAAGAUAACAGUGUCUACUUUUCUGGUGAGAAAAAGUACAGUGAACCAUUCCAGGUGUCUAUUUUUUGACAAUACGCGAAAAACGUUAAAUCAAAUCUUGUACUCUUAGUACAGUCGUUCCCGUCCUCGAAUCUAAAGGACUCUAGUGCUUGACAUAAGAAAGUUUAAGAUUCACGUUUACGCCAAGCGACAAUCGUGAAUUUGUACCACGUGACCAAGUUUUCCUCCUAAUUUCCGUUUACUGUUUAUUACUUCUACACAAAAAUAAGUAGUUUCACGCCAGUUUUAUUCAUAAGAAUUGUUCUGGACAGGUUUUAACUGCUUACUUUUUAUUCUGAGAAAUUCUCAACUAGAAUCUGACGUUUGCCGUUUGCCGUAAACGUGAUUCUUAAUCUCUCUGUUGGACAACAAAUACCGCGGCUAAAACAGCCUUUCGUUGGAACAGAAGUCAGAGAUUAAACGCAUUAUCGCUUGUGAGCUAAUGUUUGCAUCUUAGUUUAAGUCAUUAAACCUGUGGUUUCUAACACUCGAAAGCCUUAGAAUAAAGAAAAAAAAUGUUCUUUAUUUGAGUGUCAAAGUAUUUAGAGCGGUUUUCAUUUGAGUGUCGAAAAGUUAUUGGUUUUGCACUUUCUACGCGAUGCGAUUGGCUUAAAAGAUUCGCGCCACCUUUUCAUCCAAUCAGAAGUAAAACCAAAGCCAAUUGUGACGCGCUUGCAUGCAUUUUCCCGCGCUUUGCGUCAGCCACAUGUAAUUACUUUGAGUUUUGAUUGGUUCAAUGUAUUGUCUGUGUCCUAUGUGAUUGGCCAGAGUAAUUACUUUGGUUUUGGUUUUACGACACUCAAACGAAAACCACUCUAGCACGAAAGUACUAAUACUGAUGACACUAUGUUUACGUUCCUCUUACGUAAUCAUGUAGGAGUAUCUAAUUUAGGAUUAUUGCUAGUCCCCCACUGGAUGGGAUGCUUAUGUCGCUGGAACCCAUUUAUAUUCCUGGGUGGGGUGAGACGUCAUGUAGCAAAGUUUAGGAAGCUUUAGCAACGACGACGGCGACAGCAACCAGGACGUCAAAAAAGCAAUAGGUUUGUUACGCGAAACAACAACUUUGCACGUGCAUCACGCCUUUUGUACAUUUCCUUACCAUCCUUGCAUGACUACGACGUGAAAAUGCCUAAUUGCAAAUUUUAUGGAGGACGUAAACAAGCGACGACGAAUCUCUUUUUCUCUCUCUAAACUUGAGUGCGGUCCUCAAGAAAUCAACUCCAGAGAAAUUCGGGUACACUUGCCAUUUUCAGCAAAUUGGAAUAAACGCGACAAAGAUUGAAAAAAGGGGAAUUCAUUUUAAAACUGACGUUUUCGCUGCCGUUGCCGUCGUCGAUGCUAAAGCUCCCUUUUUUAGGAAACAGCGCGACGGCGCGGCCUACAGAUUGCCUAUCCCCCUUUUGUCUUAUUUUCUUUAUUAUAUUCAUCAAACGUUUUUUCUGAUUUGAAUCCUUAGCCUUAUCUUGUCAGUAUGUUACAGAAACUUCGACCAGUUACAGCAGUUCAGUUAGGUAAGUUUUAGAACUGUUAAGUAAAAUUCCUAAUGCAGUUAAGGAACCUGCCUUGUCCCUAGGCCCCUUCUCAAAGUGGUAGCAAGAGAAAGCCUGUGGCGAGUGGGGGAAAGAGGAAAAAGGGGAAAAGGCUAGCCGAAGGGGAGGGGGGAAGGGCCCCGUUUCCCCACUUCCCUCUCUUCCCAUCUCCUGGCGGUAAUUAGCUGUAGGAGGUGGGGGCAUUUCCUCACUUCCCCCUAUUCCCAUCUCUUUACGAUAAUUAGCUGUAGGGGGCGCGGGGAGGAGGGCCCCAUUUCCACACUUCCCCCUCUUCCCAUCUCUUUGGGUUAAUUAGCCCUUUCCCCAAACGGAGAGCCUGUUCCCAGGUUAGGAAACCUGUGGACAACGUUGCGCAGUGGUUUCAAAGAUAAUGAAGAUAUAUCUAGAAAACCAACCUAACGAAAUUUGCAGUCAUUUGACUGAAAAGGCGUCAAAAGGCAGGUUUCUUAAGCCCGAGAAGCUUCAAAAUCACAGUAACGAAGGAAAAGGAAAGGAGAAAGAGGAAGAGCGAGGAGAAGGAAAGGAGGAGAAGAAAAAAAGCAAUGGUUGCACUCUUAGUUUUUAUAAUAGCUACUUUGGAGAUAGUUUUUGGCCGAAAAAACUGUUGAACGCAAAAGGUCUAUUUCAAAAAUCCAGCUAGAUACAUAUAUUUUUGUACGAUAAGAUAGCUUGUGAGGAGGCUGUUGAGGCAAUUUUUAGUCUGAGGCAGUUGUGCUAGCUUUCUUGCAAUCAAAAACAAUUUUUCAGAGAAGUGAAGUAACACAUUUCGCUAGUUUCGUUAUAGGCUGAAGUGAUUCUAGAGAAUUAUAACGGUUCGCUACUUUGAACUUGAGAAGGAACUGGUUUCCUUUUGUUAAUUUAGCAUUACUUGUUCUUCUUGAUUAGGGAUUUCUCUCGAGAAAAUAGAAAUUGACCCAGUUCUUCAACCUAAUGCAGCAAACAGGUUUUGGAGGAAGCAAAAGCCGGUAAGUAUUUUCUGAAGCAAAUAUUCCAGCAUAUAACGCCCUGGGGGGGGGGGGGGGGGACUCUGGAUUUCAAGUGACGAAUGGGGGCAUAAAAUCAAAUCAAAAUCCAAAAAAUAUCCCUGGGGCCUCUAACAAAACCCCAAAAAAUCCCAGGACCAAAAAUUAACCCAAAACAAAAUCCCAUACCGAGUUUCCAAGCCUUAAAAAUUUCCAGAAAGCAUCAAAUGAUACAACUUGCUGUACUUUAUUUGGUUGUUCUUUAGUCGCAGAACUACGCAGCCGGGAUACGCGGGCACUACCAUGAAUCUUCAGAUUGUUUUGAACACCCCAAAAAAUGCCUACUUGAAUCAAGCCACCGGAAAAAAAUACUUGCCCUAAAAAUCCCAGAAUCGAAAAUUCCAAACCCCAAAAAAUCCUUCGAUCAUCCCCGUUCCCCCGUGGGCUUUCCAUGAGCAAUUUACUACAGGAACAGUGUCAGGAAAUUUAUCAAAAUUCAGACAGUGGGAACCGUCACCAAACCCCGGAUUUCUUUCAUAAACUCACUUCAAAACCACCCUCUUCAAAGACUUACUAUAUUUUUCAGACGACCAUAGAAAUGGAGAAUGUUGUCGACUGCCAGUUAAUGGAAGAAAAAAGCAAUGGAAAAUCUCUGUUUAGAGUUAUUUACUUCAGCCAGAACGCUCGUGACUUCAAGCACUACGACUUUGAAGCAGAAUCCGACAUGUCUGGUAAGUGCUUCGGCGUCUUUCUGGGUUGAUCCUUUGUGAAGCAUUGUAUAGGUACACCACUGCAAAACCCGCUCUGGAUUGGUUACUUUUAAACCUUUGAUUACAUAAAGCACCUUCUGAUUGGAUAGUAACGAAAGUCUGAUCUUAUGACGAGCGACGGGGUUUACUGGCCCCCGCCCCCUAAGAAGAUUUGACGCUCAUCCCCAGACAGACUCGGAUCGGACGAUCCUACGGCAAAAGAGAGGACUGGGACUGUUAACAGUCUACAAAUCAUUUUCUGUUUUUAUUUCUUUGUAGGAGAGAUAGUCAAACAGGUCAAUCACAUUAUCAGAUCCAAAAUAGGCGGAGUAAGGUCCGAAUAUCUGGCUACGAAGGAGAAGAAACUCGAAAAAAGAAGGUCCUUUAGGUAUUAAUCCUCUCGCCGGAUUGGCUAUGCAAAUCAGAGUCAACUGGAAUCAGUGGGUGUGUGAAGGAAGACCACCAUUCGCCACUUUAGAAACGCGAGGGAACUGGAGCCGGAAUACGUCCCGCAGUUGUUUCUGGGAUCGUUACUGGGGACGCACCGGUCAGCUAUUGGCCAAUUUUUCUCUGUCCCCUUGCGAAAGUUAACUCGGCUCAGUUUUCUUUUCCUUUUUAAAUUGGCUAGUGGAAAGGAAAUAUCGCAAUCGCUGCCUGGAGUAAGCUUCCCUGGUAUGCGGCCAUUAUUUAAAUCGUAACGCAACUCACCUACAAAAGGUGGUAAAACACUGCGCAACGGCUCGCCUUCCUCAGUGAAUUGUUUAAUACGAGGAUUUUUGUAGACGCGGAUGAACCUUUUCCAUCUACUUAUAAUGUUGAUUGUAGGAAAGAUAACCUCUGUGGAAAAUGUCAACUUGAAAAUAGAUUCAUACAGGCCAUUUCCGAGUUCCAAAAACUCUCACUUUCAAAACGAGGCUUAUUGCAAAAACCUUUGCUGUGAAAAUGAGUUUUGAUUUGCAUGACAAUGAAAAAGCAAUGCCAUAUCAAUGGCUACGCACUCAGCCUCGUUUUGAACAAAAUGGCAAAUGAAAACUGGAAAAUAAAAAUAGAGUCGUCUUGUAUCCCCGUCCUCCAAAUAACGUGAAAUUAGGCAAUUUCAAAUCGUAGUCGUAAAGUGACGGCAAAGAAAUUGCCUAAGCUCGCUAUUAUAUUAAAGGGAACCUCCACUCUUACUACAGAAUAAGUUUAAAUCGAAUAAAAUAAUGUUGAUGAACAAAUUUGUUCGAAAUUUGUCCUUAAAAAAGUGUUUAUAUCAGGAAAAGUGAAUUUUAAAAUCGCUUAUUUUCACUUUCAAAUUUCGCGGGCGCCGCCAUCUUGAAUAAUUGUGACGUGUUACGGUUGCUCUAUUGUUCUGACACAAAGAGCUUUUGUUUAAUAACAAUAGGGCAACCAUUACACGUCACAAUUAUUCAAGAUGGCGACGCCCGCAAAAUUUGAAAACAAAAAUAGGCGAAUCUAAAAGUUAUUUCUUUCGGAUACAAACGCUUUCUUUAAAAAUAUUUUAGAUUGACUUGACUGUAACAGUUAUUUCCUGUGAUUUAAAGUUAUCUUUUUGUUGAAGUGGAGGUUCCCUUUAACGAUAUUUAGAAACGAUUAAGGAUGACGACGUAGAUCAUAAAAAAUCGUGCAUCAUUCCUUUCUAAUUUAAAAUUAAUAUUUUCGUGAGGUUUAUCAAUCGAUUCGCCUGAAAAUUCUACCUAAAGUCAGACUGUUAUGUCUGUCAAAAAUGACAAUUACAGAAAACUGAGAACUUUUAAUUUAUAGGUUACAGCUGUACGAGGUUAUCUGCAUAAUAUUGUUUUUAGAUUAAAGUUCUAAGUUCUGCCAAUUUUUUGUCACCCAAAUAACACUGCAAUUUAUAAUACAAAUCGAACAGCAAAAGUUUCAUUACGUUUGGAGUUUUUUUUUAUGUAAUACAGGACGAAUAAGAACAUAAAAAACGAAUAAAUCGGGA